ACUUUUAGCUUUCAGAUUAUGAGAGAUGUCUACAUCCAGCCACCAAUCAAGAUUCUCGGGUGACUUCUUUGAUGACUCUUCAUCUCAGACACCAAAUUCUUCCAAAGGCAGUGAAAGCUUCUCUCCAGUUACCAGUAAUAAACAGGGUAGGGUUGCAGUAAGGUCAAAUAAAAGCAACUAUGAUGAUGGUGAAGGAGAUGAUGCAGAUUCAUCCAUUCAAGUUGUGUAUAGUAGUACUGAAGACAAUACUUCAGUUGAUGAAUCAAUUGCCAUCAUUGAUGAGAGCUCUGAAUCUGUGCAAGAAUCACCCUCAAUAGAUGACAGCACUGAAUCUGUGCAAGACUUAACAUCGGAUUCUGACGAGAUGAUAAUCUUGAAAGAUAAUGGCAGAUUCCCUUCAGUUCCCAGUACCAAGCUGGUCAGGUCCAAUGAAGCAGAAGAAGAUGAUGAUGAUGAUGAGGAAGAUGAAGAUGAAGAUGAUGAUGAUGAUGAUGAUGAUUAUGAAGAUGAAGAUGUUUCCAUCCAAGCUGUAUCCAGUCGUCUUGAAAGCACUACUUUAGAAGAUGGUUCGAUAGCCAUCAUGGAUGAGAGCACUGCAUCUGUGCAAAAAUUGUCAAGUUCUGACAAGAGAGAAGCACCAGUGAUGAAAACAGCACAACAAAUGGUGAUAAAUCACCUUCCACUUCUGCAAACUUCUCAGGUAGCUCAAGGGAUUCCUCAGGUUCUUCAAGCCCCAGUACAGCAUUCCAUGUCGAGCAAGAGAUAA